AUGCAUGUCACGACACUCCUUCAUUCAUUAUCGGUCUUGGCUGGGAGUGCUUUUGCGGCAUACAAACUCGAGGAUGAUUACUUCGACGGAAGCUUCUUCGACAAAUUCGAGUUCUGGGAUCUGGACGACCCAACGCACGGUUUCGUAAAGUAUGGCAACAGGACGACGUCUGAGGAGCUGGGUCUCCUCAACAGCACCGAUGGCAACAUCAAAAUGUUUGUCGAUAGCAACAACGUAACACCCAAAGGCCGACCGAGCGUGCGCAUCAAGACCAGCAAGGUAUACAACCAGGCACUCAUCGUGAUCGACAUGGACCACAUGCCGGGAGGAAUCUGCGGCACAUGGCCUGCUUUCUGGACUUUGGGUCCAGCUUGGCCAACUCAUGGAGAGAUCGACAUUAUGGAAGGUGUCCACGAUCAGCCCGGCAACAAAAUGACUCUUCACUCGGGACCGCUCUGCACAAAUCUAACCAACACUGGAGGCACUGGCAAAGUCACUCUUACGGAAUGUCUCUCAGGCGACGGCACGCAAAACAGCGGAUGUCAAAUCGCCACGAACGAUAGCAUCACAUAUGGUGCCGGCUUCAAUGCGAACAAAGGCGGCGUCUACGCCACAGAGUGGUUGGCGGACAGCAUCAGCAUGUGGUUCUUCCCCCGCGGACACUGUCCGACAGAUGCUCUUGGGGAUUGUCCUGACCCGUCAAGCUGGGGGCCUCCUCUUGCGAGAUUCAUCACUGGAGACGAGUGCGACAUCAGCGCGGCGUUCAAGGACCAGCAACUUCUCUUCGAUACGACCUUCUGUGGUGAUUGGGCCGGCCAGCCAACGGUCUGGGGCAACAGCACUUGCGCGAAGAAGACCGACACUUGCGAGGAAUAUGUUCGAGAAAAUCCCAAAGAUUUUGCAGAUGCCUACUGGUCCGUCAAUGCUCUGAAGGUGUACACGGACGGCGAUAAGAAGUCCGACGCGCCCGCUAAUCCAGGCCCGGCUGCACAAUCCACCAAUACCGUGUAUCAGCCCGCUCCGCCAACCAGCGCACCUAAAGCUCAAGGAGGAGGUUCGUCGACUGGUACGAAUGGCGCUGCGAGCUUUGCGAAGCGGGAGGAUGAGCAGCGGGAGUAUGCGAGGCAUUUGGGUGCGCAUAAGAGGCGUGGUGGCCUAAAGCUUUGA